UGUGUGUGUGUGUGUGUGUGUGUGCACGCGCGCGUAUGUGCGUGCGUGUGUGUGUGUGUGUGUGUGUGUGGAGCUCAUAUCCGGUCUCAGCUGCUGUAGAGGAGAUUAAAAUGCCAAAGAAAAGCAGAGUGAAGAUGGUGAGGAGACGGAGCAGUCAUGAUGAUGAUGAUGAUGAUGAGCAGCUCCCUCCUAAACAGAGCAAGGUGACGCCCAGCGACGCCCCGUCUCCUCUGUGCUUCAGCAGCCCGGCCGACCUGUUCCAGAGCCUGAUCCGGCCCAUGGAGCCGGAGCAGUUCUUCAGGGAGUACUGGGAGAAGAAGCCCCUCCACCUGCAGAGGUCCGACCCCGACACCGCCUCCUACUACCGCUCUCUGUUCCAGCUGUCCGACCUGCAGAGCCUCUGUUCUCAGCACCUGGAGUACUACCGGGACGUCAACGUGGUCCGCUGCAUCAACGGCAAGAAGAAGGUGCUCAACAAGCAGGGCCGGGUAAAGAGCAGCGUUCUCCACAAGAACUUUGUUCAGAAUAAAGCCACCAUCCAGUUCCACCAGCCGCAGAGGUUCAAGGACGAGUUGUGGAGGAUCCAGGAGAAGCUGGAGUGUUUCUUCGGAGGCUUGGUGGGCUCUAACGUCUACAUCACACCUCAGGAGUCUCAGGGUCUUCCAGCUCACUACGAUGAUGUCGAGGUCUUUAUUCUGCAGCUGGAGGGACAGAAGCGUUGGCUUCUCUACACCCCCACCGUUCCUCUGGCAGCGGAGUACAGCGUGGAGUCAGAGGAGAGGAUCGGCAGCCCCACCCACGAGAUCACACUGAAGGCAGGAGACCUGCUGUACUUCCCCAGAGGAACCAUCCAUCAGGCCAGCACCCCCGCUGGAGUGGACCACUCCACCCACCUGACCCUCAGCACCUACCAGAGAAUGUCAUGGGGGGACCUGCUGUUGGACAUAUUCCCCAGCGUGCUGAGUGACCGCAGUAAGGCUGAAAUCAGCCUGAGACGGGGCAUGCCGAGGAGACUCUUACUGGAGGACAGUGAAGACGUGGACACCGGCAGGCAGCUGGCCGCUGUCCUCCGGUCUCUGGCUGAUGAGAUGGAAACAGGGAUGCAGGAAGCCCGCUCCACUCACAUGAAGAGAGACUUCAUCAUGAACCGCCUGCCUCCGUUCAGCCAGGAGGAGCUGCCUGCACCAGCGGGGACGAUCCCUGUCUUGGAGGACACGGUGUGUUUGAGGUUUAAAGACCACGUGGUGAUAACGGUGGAGCCCAGCCAGGACAGAACUGAUGAGGCCACGGAGCUGGUGGUCUUUGUGUUACAUUCUCUGAAGAACCAGAGGGAGAGCCACAUGAUGGGUGAAGGUAGUGAUGAAGAGGAGGAGCAGGACAUCUCCAGGGGUCUACAGUUCCCUCUGUCCCACCUCCAGGCCCUGAGGCAGCUUCAACAGGCCCAGCAGCUGACGGUGGCCCAGCUCCAGCUCCCCACUCCGGAGGCCAAAGUGGGUCUGGUCCUGGCUCUGUGGAGUGAGAGCCUGCUGGUGGUGCUGUAGAACACCACUAGACACUACAUGAGAUACACGUGUGUUGGGUUUGUCUCCUGGCUGCCACAGAGAGCCCGUGUGUUGAUGUGAGGUCGGGCUAGCCUCGGUUCCACCAGCUUCUGGAACAACAUUUAUAUAUGUGCAUAUCAUGAACUGGAUGAAGUUCCCUCUGAUGCAAAGGGAACAUCUCCUGCUGCUGCAGCUUCACAAUAAAAACAUUUCAAAAAACAA